AUGGCAUUUCAGACGGCCAAGCGCGACCUGCGCAAGCGAAUGCGCGACACGCUUCAGACGCUAUCGGCCACUUCGAUCACACAGCAGUCCAGCGUCGCCACCCAUAAAUUACUAUCGCUAGCCGAGUACCAGAAUGCAAAGAGUAUCGCCGUCUACUUAUCAAUGCCCACCGGGGAACUCUCGACCCGCAGUAUUGUCCAAGACGCAUUUCAGCGCGGGAAAGACGUCUACAUCCCAUUCAUCCACACUGUCGACAAGGUCUCCGUCAUGGACAUGCUGGCGCUCGAAUCCAUGACUGAGUUCGAGUCAUUACAACCCGAUAAAUGGGGCAUCCCCUCCCUACAACCUGCGCAGGUUCCCGGCCGGCGGAAUUGCCUCUCAGAAAAGGGACUAGAUCUAAUUGUUAUGCCGGGCAUGGCUUUCGAUUACGACUUCCGACGACUCGGGCAUGGAAAAGGAUAUUAUGACCAUUUUCUCACACGGUAUUCUCAAUGGAGCAAUAAGAUGCCAUUCCUUGUGGCCCUGUCUCUCCAGGAGCAAUUGCUCGCCGAGGAUAUCCCCGUGUUGGAACAUGACUGGCUGAUCGAUGCAAUCGUGGUGGGUGAUGGGCGGUAUCUCGACCGCAGGUCGUAG